AUGGGAUUCUGGACACUAAUGGAAGGGUUGCUGCUAUUUGCAAACGCACUAGCUAUCCUCAACGAAGACCGUUUCCUAGCUCCAAAAGGAUGGACCCUCGCGGAGCUACACCAAACCGGCAAAAGAAACUCUCUCAAAGGCCAAAUCGUUGGUCUCAUCCACGCUUGCCAGUACAUGAGGCUCCCCCUCAUGCUCUUUAACUUAAUUGUCAUCGUCGUUAAGCUUUUCUCCGGUUAAACACACACAAGUCAGAACAAGCACUUUGUUGUUUAUGCCUCGAUAAAAAUUUAAAUCAAAAGUUUGCGUUGUAUACAUUAUUGUUCUUGUUAUUUAUUCAACUACAAACACAAAGUGGAACAGAACAACAUGUUCUUGAGACCAUAAGCUAUGAACUUUGGGUUUGGUUCUUCA